GCGGCCGUAAUCGGCCCUCCUGUUUCGUUAUCGGCUGCACCACGCGUACACGUGAUCCGCGGAUAAACGUACACCUCCACAUGCUUCGUGACCAGAUGUGAGUACCGUCGGUUUGGCAACGCCGUCGGUGGAUCCCCCGUUUUGGACGUAAAUAUUGGGCAGCACAUCCAAUUGUGAGAGCUGAACCUUGAUGUGGAUACAAUGCUACUUAAAUUGAAUCAUAUCAAAAGACUAAAGAAGUUUUUGUCUACUUAGGAACCACUGAAAAGAGUUGGGAAAAAUGGUGGACUGCGGGUCUACGGACAACGUCAACAAGUUCGUCUGUCCCAAUGAUAGACAGCUAGCACUUAGGGCCAAAUUAAGAACGGGAUGGAGCAUGAAAACGGCGUCGCUGGGAUUCCGCAGCCAGACGCCCAAGAACCAGCCCCUGGGCCCGGAGGAACAAGAGACUAUCCUGCAGGUGAUCCAGCGGGCGGAACGACUGGAUCACAGCGAACAGGAGAGGGUUGGAAAACUGGUGGAAAGGUUGGAAAACAUGAGAAGAAACGCAUUGGGAAGAAACGCCUCCCAAUGUCUUCUAUGCGGCGACAGCUUCGGACUGAUGGGCGCCCACAAGGUGGUGUGCAUAGACUGCAGACGUCUGGCCUGUCAAAAAUGCGCCAUCAUCGUGUCACCCAGCAAAUCAUCUGGUCUCUUUUCCAGAGGUCCCAAGGACCAGUGGCUGUGCAUGAUAUGCUCGGAAACGAGGGAGAUAUGGAAGAAGUCUGGCGCGUGGUUCUUCAAGAGCUUGCCCAAGUACAUCCUGCCGUCGGACAACUCCUCGCUGACCCGCCACAGGCCGCACCGCAUGUCGAGGAACAGCCGCGGCGUCAAGGAGGAGGACAGCAGCUCCGACGAGGAGAAGCGGGUGUGGAACCGGAUCAAGAGGAGGAACUCCAGCACGGAGAGCACGCACGAUAUUCAGGAGUCUCAACCCUCUUACAGCCGACAGGGCAGUUCGGCGGACACGCAGAGCUACAAGGAGAUGGACCAGCUGAAGUCGUACAUGGGCUCGAUGACGUUGAGCCACACGAAAUCGUGGGACAAUGCGGUGAUGGAGGGCAGGAGCGACGUCACGUCCGGCGAUAGUUCGGAAGCUUCCAGGAGGGAAUCGAUGGCCAGCAGGUCGGCGUCGGAGUGCUACUGGACCGACAACACGAGGAGCGACGAGAAAGUCUCUCCCAGCGCCUGCAGCGUCUCAAGCAGCAUUUUCAAGAACUCCGUGGAGGAGUCGGGCAAAAUUGACUCGGCAAUGGGGACAAUUGAGCUGUCACUGACCUACGACGCCGCCAAAUCAGUGCUACAUUGCACCGUCUACAGGGCAAAGAACCUAAUACCCAUGGACAUAGCCGGAUUAUCCGACCCCUUUUGCAAGCUGAACAUCCUGCCGACAGCAAAAACAUCGACCAGACUCCGCACCAAGACCGUCCACAAGACUAGGAAUCCGGAGUUCAACGAACAUUUGGCGUUCUACGACGUCUCCGAGGACGAUCUCAUGAAGAAGAGCCUGCACGUGUUGGUGGUGGACGACGACCGUUACGGCCACGAUUACAUGGGCGAGGUCAGGAUCCAUCUGGCCAAGCUCAGGAUCCAGAAGACUAUCUAUUUGACCACUCCGCUGGAGAACUUCAAAAUUGAGCAAAAGGGACCGGUUCCGUUGGAGCUCAACCAGUGGUUCGACGACGACUGGUCCAGAGGUCAGAUUCUUCUGUCUCUUGGUUACAGCACCAAACGCAGGGCUUUGUUGGUGACUGUAAUUCGUUGUGCCAACUUGUUACCCAUGGACAAUAAUGGUUUGUCGGACCCCUUCGUUAAACUACAACUGCGUCCCGACCCGUACCACAGGAAGCACAAGUCCUCGAUAAAAUGGAAGAACCUGAACCCGGUGUUCAACGAGGAGUUCGCCUUCGAGACCAGGCCCACCGAACUGUACACCCAGAGCCUGUACAUCACGGUCUUCGACAAGGACUACGGCAAAAGCAACGACUACCUGGGCGGCCUGAUACUGGGCGGCACCGGGUCGAAGGGCCAACGUUUGAAGCACUGGCUGGACAUGAUCCGGUACCCGGACCACAGGCACGAACAGUGGCACAACCUCACCGAAGACGUUCUCGAUUAAACUUAACCUAAAGUUAAUCGGGGGCGGCAGACAAAUGUAACGGGAAGCCUUAUGAGGAAAUCAAUGUGAAUGCAAAAAUUAUUGGUAACUGUACAAUACUCCUCGUUGGAAAUUUUCAGUUUCAGUCGAUUAUAGGAAAGAGAUAUCGUAAAUUAUUUUUAACUGGAUGUACCCAUAGGCAAAUAAGUAUUUAAUUGUUGUAAUAAAUGAUUUAUUUUAAGCACUAAAGCCAAUCAAUUUAAUGUAAUUGGAUAAUAAAAUAUUGAAUUUUAAAAUGUGUACGUUACAAUGCAAUUGUUAUGGCAUAAAUAUAGAGAAUAUUAUUGUAAAGAUAUUUAUGUAUGGAAGUUUUAUUGUGAAAAUAUAUUUUAAUAAAUG